AUGGCUACCGAAAAGCUCUUCCCACCAAAAUGCUGUCUUGAGGAGAUACCACAACGACUUAUCCUUGAUAAUUUGGACCAUAAUGGAAGAGAUGCAUUCAGAUUGAAGGUGCAGGAAUACACCAUUUCUGAACCGCAUCGGGUGUAUUGUCCCGAAAUAACGUGUGCGAAAUGGAUACCUCCCAACAAACUCAAAAAAGGCAAAAAGCCUAGUCAAAAAAGCUGCCCAUAUUGCCGCACUGAGAUUUGCACACUCUGCCGAAGCCUAGCGCAUGCAAACUUGAAUGACUGCCCUCAAGACUAUGGGCUGGAGGCUACACUGGAAGAAGCUGAAUAUCACGGCUGGAGAAGAUGUUACAGCUGCCAUUCUAUGGUUGAGUUGACUGCCGGUUGUCGGCAUAUUACUUGUAAUUGUGGAUCAGAGUUCUGCUACACAUGCGCAGCUCGGUGGCAUACAUGCGACUGUACAGAAGAUGAUCACCGACGUAGACAAGCUGAAAUCGAAGCCCGCCGGCUGCAGAGGGAUCGACAAAUUCAAAAGGAGGCAGCUGAGAUCGCAGAGGCGCUUGCGCAGAUUGAACGCAUGGAGCGCGAGGAAGCAAUGGAGAGAGAACGGAGGAGAGAGGAGCAACGUCGCAAGGAAGAAGAGGAGCUCCGCGACAAAGAGAUGAAACGGAUGAUGCAUAUCGCUGCCACACUACGGGGCUUGCGAACUGCUUUGUCAAGUGUCAAUGAGUACCAGCAGACCCUCCUGAACAAGAGACACGAAAAGGCAGCCCAUGGCCUCCACAGUAGGACCACAGCCGGCCCUUCAGUGGUGGAGCAACAGCGGGAUAAGCUCCUGGAGGGUCUUCGAACAAACCAGAAACAGCGCAUGGAUCAACUGAUAGUUUCACAAAAGGCUGAAUUCGAUAGCAUGAUAGCCCGCCAUGAAGAAGAGGAGGACGACACACUCCUCACCGUCUCGCGCCAUCUCAAAAAGAAAACCAAUCGUGAGAGCAGAGAGAAGGCCAUCCUAGAUAAACUCGAAGCCUCCCAGGAAAGCGAAAGGCGCACCCUUGAACAAGCCCAUCGGCAAGCAAUCCUUACGCAGGAGCAGAAUAACAAUCUAGAGCUAAAAGCUCUCGAAGCCGGAUUAGCACGCGACUACACCUCAACCCGCGAAACGGAGCUAGACACCACCUCCAAACUCACCCAAAUGGUCCUCAUCGAUCGCAGCUGGUUUGCCGCGGCAGUCGAGAAACGCUGGAUGAUGCUUGAUGAGUACAGAUUCCGACUGAUCGACACGGGCGCGGAUAUUAAGGAAUUAGCUGCCGUGGAGGUUGUACCGGAUUCUGUUGAGUUACCUGCCGACUCGGAGUUUGGAAAUGCGAAUGCUGAGGUUGUUUCUACUCCUAUCCAAACCGCACCCGUGCUGGUGUCCGUAACAUCUUCUGAGCCGGAGCCGUUGCUGGAGCCAGAGUUUGGACCCCAACAUAGGCCUGUCGUUCCGGCGGCUCCAUCGAUGCUAGGCAAGCAGCUGACACCUGCAGCGGUGGUGCCGGCUCUUCCAAAGCAGAAAAAGAAGCGGGCAUUUUCGCGAUUGGUGAGUCAGUCACCGUAUUCGCUGCUGGGAUGA